CUAGAUAUCGAUCUGGUAGUCAUCACUGUGAACAGCAUCAGCAUCGAAAGUUAUGCAUAUCCUAAUCUCUUUUCUGCUGCUGGCCUGGAUGACUCUAGCAACAGGUUGUCCUCCAGAGGAAAGCAUUGGCCCCAAAUGUUACUGCAGGACUUUCCAGCUGGGAGCUAUGAUGUGGUGUGACAACAUACUGAGCACAGAUGAACUCGUUCCACUCGUCAAAGUUACGGAGGAGUACGACAUGUACUCUCUUUCAGUCAAUAAUUCAGUGUUCCAAUAUAUACCUAGUGAUCUUUUCCGAAACACCAAAUUCAAAAGGUUACGGUUCCAGUACACACAGAUUAUGGCUUUGACUGACACCGAUAUAGCUUUUGAGGGUCUUGAAGAUCGUCUGGAACAAAUACAGAUCCUGGAAGGCCGUUUCGUCGCAAACUGGGACUGGGAUGUCUUGAAGAAUCUUCGUCGCAUAGAAAACUUGGAUAUCAGUGGCAUUUCACUGACAGCAAUCGAAAUGCCUAUGCCACCAAUGAGUAGUUUGAUCGGACUUGGCUUUGCCAACACCGAUAUUUCUGAGAUCGUCGACUCGGCUUUUGCAAGCCUUCAGAACUUGAAGAUCGUGGUCUUGAAGCAAAAUAAUCUCAAAGAACUGAAGAGAAAUAUUCUUCCAGAACCUGCUUUGAGCCUGAGUGUGCUAGAUUUUAGUUCGAAUCAACUGAGUACACUUCCAGAAAAUAUGUUCGCAGGUAUGCCAGAAUUACAGCAUUUAUUUCUCAGCAACAACUUGUUCACAACUCUGGAUGAGGCCACUUUUGCAUGGCCUAUGGAAAAUGUUGUCAAGUUAUCUCUGAAUGGUAAUGAGUUUCGUUGUGAUUGCCGACUGCAAUGGCUAUCAUCAAGAAAAAAGCCUGUGGAAUUCUAUGGAACAUGCAGUACUCCUGAAUCUCUUAAAGGAAUGGAGCUUUCCAAGAUACAAGCCAAAUUUCUACUCUGUUGAAUUCUUUCUUUUCCUUCGACAAAACCUUGAA